AUGACAGGAAAAACGACUUCGAUGCCAAUUCUGGGUAGCAAAUCUACUAAUGGCGACGAUGAGUCGGCCAUCCUGAGAAAUCUCGAUCGAAUAGAGGUGAAAGGCAUAGGAACAUGUUUACCAGUAAUGUUCGAUGAACUGGGAGAUUUACACCUUCACGCCGGCGCAAACUACGACGGGAAGCCCUCAACUUUUAUCGUCUGUUCUAGGACCCUUGCACGGGCAUCUCCAGUCUUCAAGAAAAUGUUAUUUGGAAAUUUCGCAGAGUCUCGGGCUUCUCAUGCUGACAAGACUGAUUGGACGGUUGAGCUACCUGACGAUAAGCCAGAUCCGCUAAAGUGCCUUCUACAUAUAAUGCAUGGAAGCUUCAAAAAUGUUCCACGCACGGCAUCCUCUUUCGAUCUUUUCGAGACCAUUGUCCUUGCGGAUAAGUACGACUGCAUCGAUAUCUUCCGCCCAUGGGCCAGUACCUGGUCCAACAUACCUGAAAGCGACAGCAAUGACGGUUAUCUGCUGUACAUCGGAUGGGAGCUUGGCGACCUCGCCCUUGUCAAGCGUAUGGCUCUAAAAAUUGCCAAUGAGUGUACUGUUUCUUUGGACGGAAAGAUACUAUAUGACUUCUCGGUGAGCUCCCGCAUAUUUACUGGGAGAAGAGUUGUGAUCAAGAAGGAUCUCUACGAGGCCCUGGGUGAGUGCCUUCCGACGAGUAUCAUAGAUCAGAUUGUAGAACUUCGCAACAAGUUGAUUGAUACCGAAAUGAAGCCGUAUCACACCAUCUAUGAGUCUCUCAAACUGUGGGCUCGUUGCAAGCAUGGCGCAGUCACUUUUCCUGAAGAUGUCCAUACCGACUGCGACCUCUUACUUCUAGGCUCCCUCGUCAAGGGCUUUUUCAACAUACGAAUUGAACUUGGAUCAGUGAAUCCGUCCGCAUCCUACAAAGGAAGUGCCAAGGAGCUACGGAAACAUUUGGACAAGUUACAGCUUUCUGUUGGAGGACGAUCGAAAUUAUUUGUCCAUGAGAGUUGCGAGAAGAGAGUAGAAACUGACAGGGCCAAUGGUUGUUUCGCAGCGGACGCUUUGAGAAUCCAAGGGAUUCAAAUCAGUCAAGAUCACAGAUCACGUAUUUUAGGACAAGGGAAGAAAACUGGAUUAGUCUAG